AUGAAUUCAAAAAUUAAAGGAAUAACGGAUGAUAUAACAUCAAUUCCACCAGAAGAACAGAGAUAUUACGCAUUAAAUGCAUUUCCUAAAGUUUUGAAGAUUGGAAGAUUUAAUUUAAAUGAGGAAUUCAUAGAAGGUUUCCUAAACGACAUAAUGAAGAAAGCAGAUAAGGAAUAUGUGGAUAGUGAGUUAAAUAAGAAGGCAAAUUUGGUUUAUGUUGAUGAAAAAGAUAAUGAAAUUAAAGAAAAGGUUGAAUGGUAUCAUGAAUGGACAUUUGAGACUUUUAAAGUUAAAGCUGAUACAGAAUGGGUUUCAGGAUGUUUAGACCUUAAAGCAGAUAAAACUUAUGUUAACGAUGAGUUAGAGAAGAAGGCGGAUAAGGAAUGGACAUUUGAGACUUUUAAAGUUAAAGCUGAUACAGAAUGGGUUUCAGGAUGUUUAGACCUUAAAGCAGAUAAAACUUAUGUUGAUGAAAAUUAUGCAAAGAAGUCGGAAGUAAAUGAUGUGAUUACAAGCAUGAAAAAUGAAAUACUUCAAACAUUAUAUCCCGUUGGUUCUAUUUAUACGUCAAUGAAUUCAACAAAUCCAGCAACAGUUUUAGGUUUUGAUACGUGGCAGCAGAUUGUAGACAAAUUCUUAUACUGUGCUAGAUAUUCAAAGCAAACAGGAGGUUCGAAGAAAAUUAAAGAAGCAAACCUUCCACCGCACACUCAUACGGGAACUACAAACUUUUCUGGCAACCAUAGACACUCAUUAAGAGACCACCCAUUAUACAACUCAGACUAUGAAGCUGGUUAUGAC